UGUCCGCUGCCCGCUUGCCUGCUGCUACGCACCGCCGCUCUCCACACACCAAGGAAGACGAGACAGAAAAUACCCACCGCAAAGAAGCAGCAGGAAAGCCGUCGGGAGACAAUGGCUCCGGUCGGACGCGUAGUUGGGGGGCUUGUGGUUGUGUGCGCAUGCCUUGCGCCUGCCACUGACGCGUUUUUCACGGGCGUUGCGUUGCCUUCCAGCCGAGCGGGAGCAGCGAGGGGCGGGAACGGAGCUCUUGAAAUGGCCAAGCACCGGCAGAACAAGGGCACCAAAAAGCACGUCAAGAACAGGCCGCGCAAGUCUCGCCUGUCAGACCGGAACCGCAAGCCAACGGACUACUCGAUCGAGGUCAACACGAACGGCAACUUCCCGGGCGCGCCGCCGGUGUUCGAGCUCGAGUCGGAGCCCGAGGAGGGGAUCGACACCAAGGCGUCGGUGAUCGAGGCGCUCGCCUCGGCCGAGUGGGACGCGGAGCAGGCGGCCAAGCCGGCUGUAGACGAGAGCAAGGAGAUGGAGGUCAUCAUGGGGGGCGACUGGAAAGUCCUUGAGACAGCUUAAAUGAAGAACACCACCUUUGUUUUCAUGGAGGAAAUAGUUUUGGUAGUCAGUUGGUCUGUGACCACGGAAGGCAGUCGGACCAGUACACGAGCAUUAGAAGGUACUGAGUAGAGACCGGAACGACGUUUAACGUGAAGACGACAAUAAAAGGAAGGAAAUGAACCGGCGGACCCAGCGACCGCAUUGAUUGGUCGAUCGCGGUGUCGUCGCUUCGACUGUGGCUAUUAUAUUUCGUCAACGCUUGAUUUGUUGUCGUCUCGUGUUGGUGGGCGGGGUGGCUAAGCUGUACACCGAAUCCCGCGUACAAUCGGCUCUCUCUCAAUUUGCUCAAGUUGGUCGAGUUGCGGGACGUGGGAAGUGUUUUUGGGUGGGUACGGGGCGAUCCGUGUGGCUGGUGCGACCGCCCAAUGCUGUUGGUCUAGAGUUGGGGCUGCCUGUCGUGUCGUAGGCGGGGGAUUUUUGUUAUUUUGGUCCCUGCUACCAACUACCCUCACCGGGGGGGGCAGGUGGCGUUAGCUCCCCGCGGCUAAGGCGUGUCAAGUUCGCGAAGUAGCCCGCAGGGUUGCCUCACGUGCAGGUAUACGGUCGACUCACGGGCAGCCUUACAUGAUUGAAUACGGUUGUUCUUGAGAGGGCUAAGCUAGACGGGUAUGCAAGGCCAUCCGCCUUCGGGAUUGCAGUUGGCGUGUUUAUUUUUUCGCCCAUAGCGUGUGCUUUGGCGUGCAGUCGUAGACGACGGCCGUUGGAGAACCAAGACCUCAACUUUCCCGAGUGCCUUACGUUUUGUCCUUCAUGCUCGCGAUGCGUGUGUGUGUCGUCCGCACAAGUGAUAACGACCAGUUGGAUCCCUUU